AUGUCAACAACAAGUUCUAGUAAUGUUAUUAUGACUAAGAAUGCAUUAGGAAAUGAAUAUGCUGCAUUAUUAAAUGCAAUACUUGGUAAUAUUGUAGGUACAUUUAUUGCACCAGCUCUUAUAUUUCUCUUUAUGAAAAAUCCAAUGUUUGAUAUAUUAUUAAAAUCAAUUUCAAUCGAAGAUCGAUUUAAUUAUAGUCAUGUUAUUAAAAAAUUAAGUUUAACUAUAUUACUUCCUUUAUUUCUUGGACAAGUAAUUCAUUUAUUACAAACAAUAAAGCUAUACCAUUCAUUUGCGAAAACUAUAAUUUAUCUCGUA